GUCACAGUUUGUUUUCAUUGCUCGAUUCAUUUCGACGUCCUUUUUCUGCGUUGGAUCUGGGUUCACUCGUGUGCAAAACCUAAACCAAAGCAUUUGAACAGAAAAUCACCCCGCAUGAAACCAAAUAAUUGCAAGAGAUAACAUACAGGUGCUAAACCAGAUAUUGACUCAAGCUUUACAGUGGUGCGCGCCCUAAGAUCAGCAUUAGGCCAUUGGGCAGCAACUCUGACUUCGAAGCGCGUGCAAACUGUGUUCCGAUCGACGUGGAACGGGUUAUCACCAGUAGUAAAUCAGAGAGACGAGCUGACAUUCCGUCGGGAAAUAUUUGCUCUGACAAUCAACCGAGGGCGCCUGAUAACGGGCAGCAGUGAACCACGAAUCUCGCGAAGCGCUCAUAAUCUUGCAGGUCAAGAUUUUUGGUCGAUCCUAGGGCAACCUGGCGACAAGGCUCUUCGGAGGGGAAUCACUAGUUUAGUCUACUAUCCAGGAAAUACGUUGGUCGAGAUUGAGUACGAAUAAAUGGCCGAAGUGUUCAAGCUAGAUCUGACCAUCGAUGAGAACGAUGUGAUCGGGGGCGCGAAGGAAGUACUUAAUGUCAUUCGGCCACACUGGAUGACGGAUUGUGUUCGUUUCAAGCUGUUCACGGACGGUAUCACGAACAAGCUGGUCGGAUGUUUCAAUCAAAACAACAACGUCGACGAGGACGCCGAUGGGACCUCGGAUGAUGUGGUGCUGGUGCGAGUGUAUGGCAACAAAACCGACCUGCUGAUUGAUCGGACAAAGGAAACGGAAAACAUUCGCCUGCUCCAUCGGUACGGCUUUGCGCCCACGCUCUACGCCACCUUCCGCAAUGGACUCGCCUACGAGUAUGUCCCCGGAGUAACGCUCACGCCGGAAAGCUGUCGGGAGGAAAGAAUCGCUCGGCUAGUGGCCACACGAAUGGCCCAGAUGCACAAAGUUAAGGAUGGAUCGAUCGGAAACCGGGAACCAAUGCUGGAAGCGAAGAUCGACCAGUUCCUCAAGCUAAUACCGCCGACUUUUAGCGAUCCAUCAAAGCAUUCAAGGAUAUCGAAGAUAUUCCCAAGUGCGGCCCAGUUGAGACGUGACUUUGACGAUCUUUACGGUAAAUUGCGCCGGCUGGACAGCCCGGUUGUUUUCUGCCAUAACGAUCUGCUGCUGGGGAAUGUCAUUUUCAGUUCGGACACGAAUCGAGUCACGUUCAUCGACUACGAGUACGCGGCGUACAAUCAUCAGGCUUUCGAUAUCGGGAAUCAUUUCACCGAGUUUGCAGGAAUCGAUGAGAUCGAUUACGAUCGUUAUCCAAGCAAGGAAUUCCAGCUGCAAUGGUUGAGGGUAUACCUGGAGGAGUUUAACGGAGAAUCAUGCACGGAGAGUGAUUUGGAAAAGCUUUACGUGCAUGUGAAUCAGUUUGCGCUGGCUUCGCACUUCCUUUGGGCGGUUUGGGCGCUUAUUCAAGCGGAACACUCGAAUAUUGAUUUCGAUUUUAUUCGGUUCGGUGAGAUCCGCUACAAUGAAUACCUGCGACGACGCGAUGAGUUCCUGUCGCUAGCAUAUCAAAACUGACAGACGUAGUGUUCCAGAAGCUGUCAGGAAAUGCAACUUUUGACUACGAGGAACGACAAAUACCGUCUGUCUCAUAGUUAGCAUAAUUAUCGGAGCGCCGUUGUACUCAACAUGAACCCGACUUUACAGUCGCACUUCAUUCCACUAUCGAAGCAUCACAGCCGCAACAGCAGCAGCAGAUUCAAAAUGCAUCACAUUCAGCGGUGGACAGCAGCAACUAUCAAGUGAAAGUUAAUUUUAAGGCCACGAAAUCACGGACCAAAGAAUGUUCCGUGAGUUUAGUUUUUUUUUCGAUUCAAUCAGACGUUUGAUUUUUUGGCAAAUGACUUAGCCCAGGAUGGUUCUUAGAACUUCGAAAGUUCCUCUGUACAUGCUUUUGUUAAAUAAAAUGUAAGUUUAAUAAACGCGAUAUCAUCGGUGUGCAAUCAGUAUAUUUCCCCGUAUAUACAAAUUAAAAUAAUCUAAAA